UAUUAAUAACUUGCGAUUUGGAAUCCACUACAGAGUGUGUACUGCUUCUCUACUCUCUUGAUCUAGAAGUAGCUCAGGAAACGCGUUUAUCCCUGUCUGUAUCUCUGGACCUUCUCCUCUCCAGACAGCACAGAGGCUAAAUACUAGUUGGUGUGGGAGGCAACAGCCACUUGUACUAGCUGCUCCCGCGUCUGUUCUAUUUGUCUCUACAAGUUUCUUUUAUUCACCACUGAACAACCCUGAGCGCCCUCUGUAACUACAGCUAAACAGCGGCGCCUGCAGUGGCUGAGAAAGUAAAAUGGUGGAAGAGCUAAAGAAGAGAUUUGAGUCGCCGCCAGAAACUUUAGAUAAGAUACCCGAAUCUCCCGUGGGCCACCCUUUGAAAUUAUUCCCUGGACACAUCAAUGGCCUCAGUAGCUCUGAUCUUACAAGAAUGCCUUCAAAGAGAAAAAAUUCGAAAAACCACGAAGAAGGAGACGUUGUGGUCACAGAAUCAAAGAAUUUGCCCAACAUGCCCAACUUAGAGAAGAGCAACAAUGACAUGAGAGAAAAGCUUGAAGAGUUGGAGAAAGAAAUGGCCUUACUCAGACAGCAAGUGAAGGAAGGACGGAAGAGAGAGAAACGUCUCCAACACAAAGUCAAUCGAUAUGAAAAUGCAACGAAAGCUAGACGGGCACAAGGCUCACUCAAGAAAUGGUCCAGCCUUCAACCCUCUGUACCUGAGCUCCAUCAGUCCACAGUACUUGAAGACUUAGCAGAUGCACAAGAAUUGAUACAGCAGUUUGUUGAGUCAGAGAGGUUGUAUAAGAAUGUUCUGGAAGCAAUACAUCACUUCUUUUACCAGCCCAUCAAGACGAUGGCAGUUUUCAAGAAAGAUGUCAUAUCAACGCAACAGAUACAAGCAAUUUUUCUAAACAGUCCUGAGAUCUUAGCUCUCCACAGGUUACUAUAUGAUCAGUUGUAUCACCUUCGGUUUCUACCCAAAGACUCACGAGUCGAAGAGUUUCUGGUCAUACUGGAAAGGACGGCUCCUUCAUUCUCUCUGUAUAGUGGAUUCCAGUCCGAGUUCUUUAUGCAGAACCUGCAGAGAGAGUUGUCUCAAUGGCGUACUAAGCCUCAGAUCAGCAUGCUACUCAAUCAUUUGGAGGCAAGGACAGAAGGAAAGUCACUAGCAGACCUAAUGAGAGUUCCAGCAGGAAGGUUAUUGGAAUACUCGAAUCUCUUAAAGCCAUUCCUUGAGGAUCGAAUCAAAGGGACAAGAUAUGUUAAUGAUGCAGUCAUAAAAAGGAUACAAGGACUUCACUCUUACAUCACAUCUCUACAAGUGGAGCUAUUGAAUGAGAAAGGAGAGUGGGAGAGCAUAGCCGAGAAGCACAAGGUCUUUAUGAAAAUGUCAGCCGAUGGUCCUAUACCACUUGAGAUGUUUAAUCCAGACACUAAACUUGUAAAACAAGGUCCUGUCAUUGUAACAGAGAAAGGAAAAGAGAUACAAAAGACUUGUUUCCUCUUCACUACUCAUAUAGCAUUAGCUGACAAAACACAGAACCACCACAUCAUGUUUCCAGAGAAUGCAAUGAUCUCGCUGGUUGGUGCCACGUUAUAUGAGAAUGUUGACAUGGGAGGACAGAUAAUACAAGCAGACAUCAAAUCAGGUCUUGAGCAGGAUAUGUUGGGUUUUCGUAUUAAUUUUACUGGAGAGCACCUCGUGCUAAGAGUUGGUAGACCCAAUGAGAAGAAGCAGUGGGUGGAGCAUAUACAUAAGACACUCGAGGCAAUCAAUAUCAAUGAAUCUGAUCUCGACCUUGAGAACAUAAUACCCGAUGUCCCAAAAAUUGCUGCCGCAUCUCUUGAAAAACUCUUCCAGCAUCUAACAAACCCUCAGCACGAGGACUUCAUUGAUGUGUUCCUCAAUACCUAUCCGUCAUUCACUACACCAAAAGACGUGUUGACUGCCCUCUUGAACUGCAUCGAUGACCCAAAGGAGAAGACACCAGAUCCUACAUGUGCCAUUCAAACUGGCCCUAAUCACGUUUUCACUUUUAACAUGGAAGAUAAUAUGGAUGCAAUCAGCUGCAAUACCUCAAUAUCGGCAACUUCACAGAACUAUUCCGACUCCGGAUCAGAUUCCGAUUCCCCAGUUGAUAGUCCAGAUACUCCUCGGAGGCAGAUCCCUGCCCCCUCUCUCUCCGGCAGUGUAGUCACGCCCACAAGAGAAAACCCUCGACCAGUUCACGAGGUCAUUAAUCGUGCUAGCAUUAGCACCGAUUCAGACUCCUCCCCCUACACCUCGGGAGUUCCAAUAGCCGUCGACACGAAGAGAGAGGCCGAGAACGGCUGGCAGGAACCCGAUCAAGCUCUCGUUCCAUCUUCAGUCCCUACUAAAACCCUCGAAGGGACUUUCCUCCCGUUCCAUCGCCCGGUGAGCCGAGAGAGCGGUAACUAUGGAGACACGGAGGAAGAGGACUUCCCCCCGAUGUCCCUCCCGGUUGGACACAGCUUCAGCAUGUCUCAGCCAGAGCCUAGCAUUGACUCCAUGUUUGACGAUACUCUUCAGAGACUUAGAAAAUCAGAAGAUCUCACGCCACUUGAUAAGAUAGUCAUGUCCCCUCCUCCUCCUCGCUGCCUCACUCCUCAGGAUUCUUACACUCGUAUCACUAAAGACCUUGACGGGGCCCAGGAAAUAGUGAGUAGUAUGAUCUUUAGUCUACAAGAGCCGUCUCCGCCCAGAGAACCGAUUAAGGAGUCGCCACAAGAAGAGGACGAAGAUGAGGUUUAUGAUGCUGUGGAGGACGAGGAUAAUUAUCAGAAAUACACGGGUAAAGUCAGAGCCAGACACAACUCGGUUCAUCCGACUUCGGAGCGACUCUCAAACGCUUCCAAUCUCUCAUUUUCAGAGCCAGACCUCGUGGCGCUGUCCGUUAAACCUCGUGGCAGAGAACCCAAUAAAUCAAUAACGACGACCACCACGCCCAGCAGAGGGACUGGUACUUUGGAGAGGUCUCCUGGUGUCGAGGACGAGCUUCUCUGCAGUCUUCCGGCGACCAUAGCUCGCAAAUUUGCCGACCCUUCUCCCACUCACCUCCAAGCACCUAGUCCUAGGCGUACCGGUCGGUUUAGUCUUGGUUUCAAUAAAAAGAAAACAGGUGAUAAACAGUCGAGAGGGAAGUCGGCCUCCGUCAGCAACCAGCUUCACCCCUCUAGCUCUCUCUACUUCAUGUCUCCGGAGCCUCAGCGAAAAGCCUUUACAUCACCGGCAAAAGGUCUUGGUGGGCUCUUCAAGAAGAAAGAGAGAGGGAAGCUUAACAAGUCCUUGAGUUCUAAUUUCACUGAUGGCGGCGGCGGCCCUGUGGUCCCGGAAACACCUCGGAAAUCCUCAAAGGUUCGACGUAACACUUCUCUUGGUCCUACUAGCAGACUACCUCCUAGAUACAGCAACAUUGAUGACCUUAUAUCAAGUCCUAUAAGGUCUCGUGGUGAUAGAUCUGAUGACGCGUCUCCUUCCAACAAGAGAAAGCUCAGUAGCAAGAACUUGAUGCUCGCUAAAAAAAUAUUCCGUGUCCUCAUGAAGUGGAUUGAAGUGCAUUUUGAGGAUUUCAAGGAGCCUGAGGUUACUGGCCUUUUAGAAGAAUUCUUACAAAAAACAAUUGAGAGUGAUACUGAGGAGUCCCAGCUAGCAAUAGACACACUAGAGGUUCUUAGCUUUUAUCAGAAUACCUUCAAGCAUGAUAACAACAGCUUUGGAAACCUCUUGGCUCGAGUGACAACUCUUGAUGUGACAAUCUUAGAAGACAUAGACUGGGAGAGGCCAGCAAAAGUCAUUGUUGACAAGGAACUGGAUCUUUGCUCAAAGACAUCAAGAGAGUCCGGCUUCCUUAAAACCAUCUCUGAGCAAAUCACUCUAAUCCUUUUUGCUCACUAUAAUGCCAUACUGAGAAGUGAGCUCCUUAACUGCAACUGGAAGAAGAAAGACAAAGAUAGACUAGCUCCAAACGUCUGUAGAAUGAUCAAAUUUACAAACGAGAUGAGUCUGUGGAUAUGCACUGAAGUAUUAAGACGUGAUACUGUUGCUAAUAGGGCACUAGUUAUUGAGCACUUCGUGUGUAUUGCUUGGCACUGCUUUAAGCAUCACGACAUGCACAGUGUGAUGACAAUAACACUUGCUCUCUCUUCCUCCUGCAUAAAGAGACUAUCCAAAACAUGGGACGCAGUUGAAAGAAAGUCGCGUCAGAGAUAUGAGAAGUUAAAGGAUAUAACUGACCUUCACGAGAAAUGCAAGAAACUGCGUGAAAGAUUAGAAGAAAUCACAGCCGCUGAAUUAGAGAAGACAGGUGAUCUUCCGUCAGCACUACCAUAUGUCGGAGCAUGCCUGGAACAAAUAUAUUGUCUUGAUAUUGGAGUCAAGACAUACAAUAGUGAUGGUCUUGUUAACUUUGCUAAAAUGACCAAGCUAUCUUCUAUGAUCGAUGGUGUUCUACAAUACCAAAGAAUGCCCUAUGACUUUGCACCUAGACUAGAUAUUAUUGCAUACAUUACAUCAGUGAAGCCUUUCUCGGAUAACCAACUUUAUGACAUGUCUGUAGCUAAAGAACCUAGCAAAAGAUGACCCGUUUCUCCUCCUAACUAACACCUUUCCUAUUCCCUUACACAUGUAUUUUUCCUUGACAUACAGUAUUGAGUUUGUGUAGAAUUGCAUUAUUAUUCUUGUUAUUAUUUUAUCAUUAUUGUUAUUAUUAUUUUAUUAUAUAUUAAUUUGUGUAUUAUGAUGUAUCAUGACAUAAAUAUUUAAGUGCAC